CAGUGAGGCAGAACCUGGGCAGAACAGGAGGUACGGUACUGUGGCAUAAUGUAGUUCACCUCCUUGGUAAUGAGACAUCGAUUGCAGCGCGUUUUUUUCACGUGGUGAAUGGCUUUUCAUUUUACGCAAGAAGUUUGCGCAGAAUAGUAAAGUAUCUGAUAUCGUUUUUUUUAAAACACUGUCCCGCAGGAUUUAACUUUUCAGAAGUGUAUUUUUUGUCAUUCAUUUUUCCGAUUCAUGGAUGGAAUUUAUUGACAACAGACAAUAAUCCUGCGUGCUUCUUUUAUUCAUGUGUGUGUGCUGGUGACCGGUUACCAUGGAGAAGCAGGCGGCGCAGAGGGCCAGAGAGGCUUUCCUCGCUGGGCGGUCGCGACCCCUGGAGUUCAGAGUUCACCAGCUCAAGUCCCUCCAGAGGAUGAUCACAGACAGACAGGGAGAGAUCGCCACCGCCCUCAAACAGGACAUCAACAGGAGCCAGUACGACACCCCGCUGUUUGAGCUGAUCGGCCUGGAGAAUGAGAUCAGCCUGGCUGUGUCGAAGCUGUCCCAGUGGGCUGCUCCUCGGCCUGUAGAGAGGAACCUCCUCACCAUCUCAGACCAGGCGUACAUCCAGCCGGAGCCCCUGGGAGUGGUCCUCAUUAUCGGGGCCUGGAACUACCCCUGGGCCCUAACCCUGCAGCCCCUGGUCGGGGCUAUCGCUGCAGGCAAUGCAGCUGUGGUGAAGCCGUCUGAGCUGAGUGAAUACUCUGCUAGUCUCCUCAAAGCUCUGCUCCCACGAUACCUGGACCAGGAGCUGUACCCUGUAGUGUGUGGGGGCGUGUCAGAGACCCAGGAGUUGCUGCGUCAGCGUUUCGACCACAUCUUCUACACAGGGAACUGCACUGUGGGUAAACUGGUGAUGGAGGCAGCAGCCCGACACCUCACCCCCGUGACCCUGGAGCUGGGGGGGAAGAGCCCCUGUUACAUCGAUAAGGACGUCGACCUCAGAGUUGCCUGCCGGCGUAUCACGUGGGGGAAGUUUGUGAACUGCGGUCAGACGUGCAUCGCCCCGGACUACAUCCUGUGUGAACCCAGCAUCCAGAACAGAGUGGUGGAGGGCAUCCGGCAGACACUACUGGAGUUUUAUGGGCCGGACCCCAAAUCCUCCCCUGACUACGGCCGCAUCAUUAACCAGCGCCACUUCAACCGCGUGAUGACUCUACUGGAGGGCUACACGGCAACAGUAGGGGGGCAGAGUGACGCAUCACAGCGCUACAUUGCCCCCACGGUGGUGAAGGACGUGCCCCCACAGGCUAGGCUGAUGCAGGAGGAGAUCUUCGGCCCCCUGUUGCCCAUAGUGACCGUCAGCGACAUAGAUGACGCCAUCCACUUCAUCAACGAGAGAGAGAAGCCCCUGGCGCUCUACGUCUUCUCCUCCAACAAGAAGGUGAUAAAGCGAAUGCUGGCUGAGACGACCAGUGGCGGGGUGACCGUCAACGACGUCAUUAUGCACUACACCCUCAGCUCUCUGCCCUUUGGGGGUGUAGGUCAGAGUGGAACAGGAAGGUAUCAUGGGAAACACACCUUUGACCAGUUCAGCCAUCAUCGGGCGUGUCUGGUCAAGUCCCUGGGCAUGGAGGAGAUCAACGUGGUGCGCUACCCACCCCAGAACCACCAGAAGGUUCGCAGGGUCAGGCUGGCCAUGAGGACCCCACUGGUCGACUUCUCCAAGGGGACCUACAUCUGGGCCGUAGCGGCGUCCAUUGUGGCUCUGGGACUCCUGGUCGCCCUGACUGUGGUUCUAAUACAAGCGGCUGGUGUCAGCUGCACCUGUUUGUGAUUGGUGGAUAGACACAGGGAAGUUAGGGUUGCACAUUUUGGUAUCUUCCCACAAAUCCCCCCGUGUUCCAGAUAUCCCUAUUGGAGGAUUUCGGAUUUCCUGCUUCUUCCCUUAUGAUUCCUGGAAUCUUCCUACCUUUCUCAGGAAAACCUGGUAAUUUUGGGAAAGAGUAGAGACAGAGGUAUUAAUACAUUAAUGUCAAGUCAUUAUGUGAUUAUUGUUGCAUCCUAGCUCUCCUCUCUCUCCUUCUCUCUGUUCUCUCCUAUAUCUCUCUCCUCUCUCCUCUCUCUCCUUCUCUCUGUUCUCUCCUAUAUCUCUCUCCUCUCUCCUCUCUCCCCUCUCUGUUCUCUCCUAUAUCUCUCCUCUCUCUCCUUCUCUCUGUUCUCUCCUAUAUCUCUCUCCUCUCUCCUCUCUCCCCUCUCUGUUCUCUCCUAUAUCUCUCCUCUCUCUCCUUCUCUCUGUUCUCUCCUAUAUCUCUCUCCUCUCUCCUCUCUCCCCUCUCUGUUCUCUCCUAUAUCUCCCCUCUCUCCCCUCUCUCCUUCUCUCCUAUAUCUCUCCUCUCUUCCCUCUCCCAUCUCUCCUCUCUCCCCUCUCUCCUUCUCUCUGUUCUCUCCUAUAUCUCUCUCCUCUCUCCUCUCUCUGUUCUCUCCUAUAUCUCCCCUCUCUCCCCUCUCUCCUUCUCUCCUAUAUCUCUCCUCUCUUCCCUCUCCCAUCUCUCCUCGCUCCCCUCUCUCCUUCUCUCUGUUCGCUCCUAUAUCUCUCCCCUCUGUCCUCUCUCUCCUUCUCUCUGUUCUCUCCUAUAUCUCCCCUCUCUCCCCUCUCUCCUCUCUCUCCUUCUCUCCUAUAUCUCUCCUCUCUUCCCUCUCCCAUCUCUCCUCUCUCCCAUCUCUCCUUCUCUCUGUUCGCUCCUAUAUCUCUCCCCUCUCUCCCCUCUGUCCUCUCUCUCCUUCUCUCUGUUCUCUCCUAUAUCUCCCCUCUCCUCUCUCUCCUUCUCUCUGUUCUCUCCUAUAUCUCUCCUCUCUCCCAUCUCUCCUUCUCUCUGUUCGCUCCUAUAUCUCUCCCCUCUCUCCCCUCUGUCCUCUCUCUCCUUCUCUCUGUUCUCUCCUAUAUCUCCCCUCUCUCUCCUCUCUCCCCUCUCUCCUUUUCUCUGUUCUCUCCUAUAUCUCUCCUCUCUCCCCUCUCUCCUUCUCUCUGUUUGCUCCCAAAUCUCUCCCCUCUCUCCUUUUCUCUGUUCUCUCCUAUAUCUCUCCUCUCUCCCCUCUCUCCUUCUCUCUGUUCGCUCCUAAAUCUCUCUCCUCUCUUUCCUCUCUUUCCUCUCUCUACCCUCUCUACCCUCUCUCCAUCACCCUCCUGAAAUUGUUGUGUGUGUCUGUCUGUACAGCAGACAUACAGUGCAUUCAGAAUGUUUCAGACUCCUUCACUUUUUCCACAUUAUGUUACGUUACAGCCUUAUUCUAAAAUGUAUUACAUUUUCUCUCAUCAAUCUACACAUAAUACCCCAUAAUGACAAAGCAAAAACUGUUUUUUCGAAUUUUUUACAAAUGUAUAAAAAAUCAUCUGAAAUAUCAUAUUUAUACAAGUAUUCAGAUCCUUUACUCAGUACUUUGUUGAAGCACCUUUGGCAGUGAUUACAGCCUUGAGUCUUCUUGGGUAUGAUGCUACAAGCUUGGCACACCUGUAUUUGGGGAGUUUCUCCCAUCCUUCUCUGCAGAUCCUCUCAAGCUCUGUCAGGUUGGAUGGGGAGCGUCGCUGCACAGCUAUUUUCAGGUCUCUCCAGUGAUGUUCAAUCGGGUUCAAGUCCGGGCUCUGGCUGGGCCACUCAAGGACAUUCAGCGACUUGUCCCGAAGCCACUCCUGCGUCGUCUUGGCUGUGUGCUUAGGGUCGUUGUCCUGUUGGAAGGUGAACCUUCACUCUGGAGCAGGUUUUCAUCAAGGAUCUCUCUGUACUUUGCUCUCCAUUCAUAUUUUUCUCGAUCCUGACUAGUCUCUCAGUCCCUGCUGCUUAAAAACAUCCCCACAGCAUGAUGCCGCCACCACCAUGCUUCACUGUAGGUAUUGUGCCAGGUUUCCUCCUGUGACGCUUGGAAUUCAGGCCAAAUUCAGGCUAAAGAGUUCAAUGUUGGUUUCCUCAGACCAGAUAAUCUAGUUUCUCAUGGUCUGAAAGUCUUUUAGGUGCCUUUUAGCAAACUCCAAGCGGGCUGUCCUGUUCCUUUUAAUGAGGAGUGGCUUCCAUGUGGCCACUCUACCGUAAAGGCCUGAUUGGUGGAGUGCUGUCAGAGUGAACUGUGACCAUCGUGUUCUUGGUCACCUCCCUGACCAAGGCCCUUCUCCCCUGAAUGCUCAGUUUGGCCGGGCGGCCAGCUCUAGGAAGAGUCUUGGUAGUUCCAAACUUCUUCCAUUUAAGAACAAUGGAGGCCACUGUGUUCUUGGGGACCUUCAAUGCUGCAGAAAUGUUUUGGUACCCUUCCCCAGAUCUGUGCGUCGACACCUGUCUCGGCGAUCUAAGGACAAUUCCUUCGAGCUCAUGGCUCGGUUUUUGCUCUGACAUGUACUGUCAACUGUGGGACCUUUAUAUAGACAGGUGUGUGCCUUUCCAAAUCAUGUCCAAUCCAUUGAAUUUACCACAGGUGGACUCCAAUCAAGUUGUAGAAACAUCAAGGAUGAUCAAUGGAAACAGGAUGCACGUGAGCUCAAUUUCGAGUCUCAUAGCAAAGGGUCUGAAUACUUAAGGUAUUUCUGUAUUUUAUUUUUAAUAAAUUUGCCAAAAUGGGUAAAAACCUGCUUUCGUGUUGUUAUUAUGGACUAUUGUGUAGAUUGAUGAGGGGGGGGAAAUGAUUUAAUUCCAUUUUAGAAGAAGGCUGUAACGUAACAAAAUGUGGAAAAAGUGAAGGGGUCUGAAUACUUUCCGAGUUAGGGUUAGGUUGCACAUUUUGGUAACUUUCCCCAAAAUUCCCCGGUCCUCCUGAAAUCCCUAUUGGAGGAUUUCGGAUUUCUUGCUUUCAUUAUGAUUCCGGGAAUCUUCCUACCGGAAAUAUUCCUACCUUUCUCAGGAAAAACUGGUAAUUUUGGGAAAGAGUAGAGACACCAUGGACUGUGGUAUUAAUACAUUAUUGUCAAGGUAUUAUGUGAGUGUCAUUAGUCUUUACCUUCCAUGUCUUCAUUUAAAAAAGUUAUUUCUGUUGUAUGAAUUUGUAUCAAAUUAAUGUUUUUUUUUUUUAUGACAUUAUAUUAUACUAAUCAUGAAGUUCUCUCAACUUAACUACAGUUAAAAAGAUUGAAGUAGGCAAAUCAAUGAACUAAUGUAUUGAAAACCAUGUUUUUAGCACAAAGUAGGCCUUAAUGUUCUGCACACAUAAAACUUUGACGAAUAUG